CUCGUCAUUGUAAUAGCUCGUCUUUAGCUUUGAGGCUAGGUUGGUUGCCAGUCGGUUGUUUUCUUGUUAGCCUGCCUGUGGUCUGCUGUCGCCGCCGCUUAUUCGGUCGCUAUCUGCGCGCACCAUAGAAUACAGCUUGAAGUGACUCACAAAGUCCCUAACCGUUCCCACAUCCCAAACACUGCGGUGAUUUCUGGGUUCGUGUUUCCAGAUGGACCAGCAGGACCAGUCCUAUAUGUUUGCAAGUCUCACACGGCCUCACUCGGAGCAGCUGCUGCAAGGCCUCCAGCUCUUGCGGCAGGAUCAUGAACUGUGUGACAUUGUUCUGCGAGUGGGUGACGCCAAGAUCCAUGCCCACAAAGUUGUGCUGGCCAGCAUCAGCCCUUACUUCAAGGCCAUGUUUACAGGUAACCUCUCGGAAAAGGAGACCUCCGAGGUGGAGUUCCAGUGCAUUGAUGAGGCUGCCUUGCAGGCCAUUGUGGAAUAUGCAUACACGGGAACUGUGUUUAUCUCCCAGGAAACAGUGGAGUCCCUGCUGCCGGCUGCCAAUUUACUCCAGGUUAAGCUUGUACUUAAGGAGUGCUGCUCCUUCUUAGAGACCCAGCUGGAUGCUGGAAACUGUAUAGGGAUCUCCCGCUUCGCAGAGACAUAUGGCUGUCAUGACCUGUGCCUGGCUGCUACUAAGUUCAUCUGUGAAAACUUUGAAGAGGUCUGUCAGACCGAGGAGUUUUUUGAACUGACAAGAGCGGAGUUGGAUGAAAUCGUUUCUAACGACUGUCUCAAGGUAGACACGGAGGAGACGGUGUUUUACGCCUUGGAAUCAUGGAUCAAAUACGACGUAACAGAGAGACAGCAGCAUCUCGCUCAGUUGUUACACUGUGUUCGCCUUCCACUUCUCAGCGUUAAAUUCCUCACUCGCCUAUAUGAAGCCAACCACCUUAUACGAGAUGACCAUGCAUGCAAACACCUGCUCAAUGAGGCCCUUAAAUAUCACUUUAUGCCUGAGCACAGACUUUCUUAUCAGACUGUGUUGUCAGCAAGGCCCAGGUGUGCCCCCAAGGUGCUGCUUGCAGUAGGAGGCAAGGCUGGACUGUUCGCCACACUAGAAAGCAUGGAAAUGUAUUUCCCACAGACAGACUCGUGGAUUGGACUGGCCCCUCUUAGCGUGCCCCGGUAUGAGUUCGGAGUGGCCGUGCUGGACCACAAAGUGUACGUGGUGGGAGGUAUCGCCACGCACAUGAGGCAGGGCAUUAGCUACCGGAGGCAUGAGAGCACGGUGGAGGCCUGGGACCCAGAAAGCAACACGUGGUCCUCGGUGGAGCGAAUGGCCGAGUGUCGCAGCACACUUGGGGUCGUGGUCCAGGCUGGAGAGCUGUACGCUCUGGGAGGCUAUGACGGCCAGUAUUACCUGCAGUCUGUGGAGAAAUAUGUCCCAAAGCUGAAGGAGUGGCAGCCCGUGGCACCCAUGACGAAGUCCCGCAGCUGCUUUGCCACAGCUGUGCUGGAUGGCAUGAUUUAUGCUAUUGGAGGGUAUGGUCCAGCCCAUAUGAAUAGCGUGGAGAGGUACGACCCCAGCAAGGAUGCCUGGGAAAUGGUAGCCCCCAUGGCAGAUAAGAGGAUCAACUUUGGUGUGGGUGUCAUGCUCGGCUUUGUCUUUGUGGUGGGUGGCCACAACGGAGUGUCCCACCUUUCCAGUAUCGAGAGGUACGACCCACAUCAGAACCAGUGGACAGCCUGUCGGCCAAUGAACGAACCCCGUACUGGUGUAGGUUCUGCCAUUGUGGACAACUACCUGUAUGUAGUAGGAGGGCACUCCGGCUCGUCUUACCUGAACACUGUCCAGCGCUACGACCCCAUCUCAGACAGCUGGUUGGACUCGAGCGGCAUGAUGUACUGCCGUUGCAAUUUUGGUCUGACUGCCCUUUGACCAAUGGCCCAGCCAGCUAGGACUCAGCAAAACAAUUUCUGACAGAAAACGUUUGCUUUUUGUUAUCUGCUCUCCUCUUUUCUCCACAUUCAUUCUCCAGAAGCAAAUGCACUCCUAUAAGAACAUCCAAGCCCUUGCUUGGGUGGAUGGAUGUGCACAAAUAGCUGACUGGUUGGAUGGAGGGGAUCCCAGUCUCGCUGCAGAACACAAAGAUUGUGCAGCAAUGGGAGGAAGAUGUCUGGAUGGAUGAUGGCACAGGCACAAGGAUGUGAGUGCUGCCAGACCACUAUGAGAACUCCGAGCCAUGGCCCAGAGGAUUGUAGUAAAAACAUGAUUGUUUCACAUUUUUGUUACAUUAGCAGACCUUUAUGUUCUCUAUUUUACAAGUCAAUAAGUUUAAUGCUUAAAACUUUCAGCCGCAUUCAGAACGAUGUGUUACAUUUUUGUAGAACACUGCAGUUUUCUCGUGUCUUUGUGCAAACGUGUGGUUGUUGACGUGUAUGCACGAGCGGGUAUGUGCAUGUCAGAUCGGUCCGUUUUUGGGGUUUUUUGUUACAUGUUCGCGUGUAGAACUGAUGCUUGAGCUCGGUGACGCAACGAGCUCUGCAUCCAAAUCAGUGCUUCACAGCAAGAAAACAGAGCAAACUUAGAAACUUUAUAUUUUCCUCAAAGGGCUGCCUUUCUCUUGUGUAAAUAGUAUAAAUGAAAUAUAUAGAUAAAUAUAUCCUCUAGUGCAUUGCCUGUAAAUGUUUAUCUGCACUGGGUCACUAAUGUGCGCGCGAAUGUGUGUGGUUUGAUUCACACAAGAGGGAGGUUUCCCCCUUAGUUUGUCAGCUACUCGUUUCUGCUUCAUCUUCUGUCAUUUCAUAAAACGUCAACAAAUUUCAAAGGUCAGAUCAUGCACUUACUUGUCUCUUCUACGGUUCAAACUGAUCUCAGCCAAUUUUGUCCACAAUAUUAACUGGUGCUAUAUUUAGGAUUCAGGAUCCAGCUGUUUGUCAAGGUUGCUGCACAUGUUCUAGUCAGCAUAUGUUUAAUCUCCAGCUCAUUGUUACAUCUGAUGCCAGCAAUCUGUUUUAUGGGCAUUUAAAUGCAUGACAUCCUAAAUAGCCCACGCAAUAAAAUAAGUUUAGGUAAAAGGGAACGAAAAUAAUCUAUUUUUCUUAUACAGGUCCAUCUCUAAAAACUGGAAUAUCAAAAAAUAAUCUUUCUGUAAUUCAUUUUCAAAAAUAAGUAAAACCUCGUGGAUUUAUUACACACAGUGAUAUAUUUCAAGUGUUUAUUUUUAAUAAUUUUCAUCAUUUGGUCUUAGAGCUUAUUAUAACCCCAAAAUCACUUUGAUCGUACUUGGCAUGCAUCCAUUUAGUGAACAGCAUAUGCCCUCAGUACUUGUGUGGAGGUAAGACUUGCUGGAAAAUAAAUCUAAAUCUCCAUAAAACCAGGAGCGUAGAGAAGCAUGCGCUAAAAGUUUUUGGCUGUGUUCUUUGUGAGUUCUUUUUUACCACACUUUUUUCCCUCCACUCAACUUUCCAUUAACACGCUAGCAUAUAUCAGUCUAGGACCUGAAAAGCAAUCACCUUUUGUGACUUACUCUUCUUGUGGAGGGUGUCAGUGAGUGUCUGCUGGGCAGCUGUCAAGUCAGCGGUCAUUCCCAUGAUUUUGUAGGCCAUAGCAUGUCUGCUCUAUUAAAAAUGCUCUAUUAUUGUUUUCAUGUAAUAUUCACAUUAUUAGAAAAACUCCAUUUACAGUUUUAAUUUGCUGUAAGCCAUGAUAUUUAAACACUUGAACACAACACUUUGUUUGUAAUAAAUCUAUAUAACUUUGAAUCAUUGAAAUAAAACACUUUUCAGUGAAUUUCAAUUUA